AUGGAAGCAUUUCCACAAAAGAUUGCAAUAUUUCAUAUAUUUCUAGGAUCCUUUCUGACUUUAUCAGGUUUUGGUUAUGUAAGACUAGUAGAUUCCCUCGGCAUUAAUUAUGGUCAAGUGGGAAACAAUUUACCACCCCCUGAUAAAGUUCUUGAGCUCCUGCACUCACUUAGGAUAACAAAAGCCCGAAUUUACGACACAAAUCCUCAAGUUUUGACAGCAUUUGCCAACUCCAACAUAGAACUCCUCGUGACAGUUGAAAACCAAGUGUUAACAACCUUAAUAGAUCAACAACAAGCACUUCAAUGGGUAGGAACCCAUAUUAGGCCUUAUUUUCCGGCCACGAGGAUCACCGGAAUCGCUGUCGGAAACGAACUUUUCACCGGCCAUGACACGACACUAAUAACUAACGUCGUACCAGCCAUGGUGAGCAUUCAUGCAGCUUUAGUGAAAUUAGGGUUAGAUCAAUACAUUCAGGUUACAACAUCCCAUUCUUUAGCAGUUCUUGCGGCAUCAUAUCCACCUUCAGCCGGAAGUUUCCAAUCCGAACUCACCGGCAUAAUGACGCAAAUUUUAAAGUUUUUGGCAGAUACAAAGGCACCAUUUUUGAUCGAUGCCUACCCUUAUUUUGCAUAUAAAGAUGAUCCCAAGAGGAUUCCUAUAGACUAUGCAUUGUUCAACCGUAAUCCUGGAAUGGUUGAUCCUUACACAAAACUACAUUAUGACAACAUGCUGUAUGCUCAAGUGGAUGCAGUGAUAUUUGCCAUGGCUAGAUUAGGGUUUAAAGGGAUUGAAGUUACGGUUUCAGAAACAGGGUGGCCAUCAAAGGGUGAUCCAGAUGAAAUCGGGGCGACAGUCCAAAAUGCCGGUAUAUACAAUCGGAAUUUGAUGAGAAGGCAGUUGAGAAAUGAGGGGACACCAUUAAGGCCUAACAUGAGACUUGAAAUUUAUGUUUUUGCAUUGUUUAAUGAAGACAUGAAGCCCGGCCCUACAUCUGAGAGAAACUAUGGGAUCUUCCAGCCCGAUGGAACGAUGGUAUACGAUGUCGGGAUUUCUGCCUUAUCUACUUCCUCAACUUCAACUUCAACCUCAACCUCAACCUCAACUUCAACUUCAACUUCAUCUACGUCUAUUUUCCUAACUUCAAAUGCCACCCAGGUUAAUCAGAAGGGAGUGGGAUAUAAAAGCUUGAUGUACUCAAUAUUUCUAUAUUUGCUGGCCUUUCAAGUUUUUUAUUAG